AUGAAGUUGCCGGAUAUUACAAAGUCUAUUGUGGACAUGACUAUUGGGUUGAAGGAAUGCAAAGAAAAGUGCAAUAGGAAUUGCAAUUGUACUGCAUUUGCUAACCCGGAUAUGCAAAAUAGCUGUGUGAUUUGGGUGGGAGAAAUCAUAGAUCUUCGGAAGAGCAUGAUUGCCGGUCAAGAUCUAUUUGUUAGAUUGGCUGCCACUGAUAUCUCGGUGACAAAUUCAAACAAAAAUACAAGAAAAAUGAGUGCAAAAAGCAUAAUGUUGAUUAUUGGAAUCUGCAUUGUGUUUCUUCUGGGUGUCAUUUUCAUAUUGUUCUGUUUCUGGAAAAGAAAGAAGAGGAUUCCAACAAGAACCGUUGCACCACCUAUUGGGAAUUUACAAUGUGUACCGAUGGAGCUAGUAAAGGUUGUCAAGGCCACAGAAAACUUUUCUGAUUGCAACAAGAUAGGAAAAGGUGGUUACGGUAUUGUUUACAAGGGGAUUUUACCAGACGGGCAAGCAAUCGCAGCUAAAAGGCUGUUGGUGAGAUCAGCUCAUGGGAUCGAAGGUUUCACCAACGAGGUGAAUUUGAUCGCCAGCGUUCAACAUGUCAACCUCGUCCAGCUAAUCGGAUACUGCUUUGAGGGAGAGGAGAUGAUUCUACUCUUUGAACUAAUGGAGAAUUCCAGUCUCGAUAC